AUGACGUUCAUCAUGGCUACGGAAGCUCAAAGAUUAAUAUCGAUAUCUUUGGCUAAGAUAGCCGCAUCGCGUUGUGUUCGAGGUGGUGUUUCGUUGCACAAAAAUCUUUUAGUUGCUACUGUACUUCAGAAGGCGCGUUACAUAUUUAUGGAAGAAGCUUUCCACAUGGUCCACGGCACUAACCUUAACCAAGCAAAUAGCAAGUUCAUUCAACAACUUCGAGAACAAGAGCGUCUAGAACAUGAAUUACGACAGCAAGAUAAAGAAUAUGAUGAUGAUGAUGACACAUCGUCAGACGUUCUCGAUGAUGAUUCAGAACUUGACCUAUUCUCGUCACCAAUUGAUUCAACGGAAAGUUUAAAUUUUUUGAGCGAAUCAAGUAAAGAUACCGGAAAUAGCAACAGUAACAAACUCAACUCUAGCACAAAAGAAAACAAUCCAUCAUUGGCAUCCACAUCAACAAACUCAACAUCUGAUCUUGUCUACUUGGAUUUGGACAUAAAUCGAGUGAAACCGCAAGAUGAUCCUGGCUCAGUCAGUAUUAGUGGACAAAAACGCCGACUUGAUGAUUCCGACUUUGAAACCGAAGAAGCAAUUCUUUCAAUUCUUCCGAAAAGCAAACAAAUCAAAUUUAACAACAGCGAAUCCUCGUCAAAUAACAUGGAUACGUCAAACAGUUCCGACAUUACCACAGACAAUUGUUUAUCGUUGGAUUUUUUAUCCAAUGAUUUAAGUCUGACGAGUAAUUCGCCGACGCAUACUGCAAGUGUUACGAUGGCACCGUUAGAUAUGAGCAGCAAUAAUAACACUUCCGCAACUUCACCGACAUCAUCCAUUGAUCGAAUAACAUCGCUUGUUUCAAUCUUCAAUUUUGGAAGCCUUCAACGAUCUGUUUCAUCUCCUGACCUGUGCUUAACACCAUCUUCUCACCAUCACGUCGACAAUAGCUGCUGCAACCUAAACACACAACAUCAAAUUGCGAUGACCGUUUAG